UGGACAUGGGAGGUCAGAGCUGCUCACCCUUCACCAGGUGGAGGGGCUCUGUGGGGGAACACGUGGCUUCUCCCCAACCUGACAGGGGUGAGGGCCUGGUAUCUUCCACUACCUAGUCCAGGUCCAGAAGUGCCACACGUGCCUUAGAGAAAGGAAGAACUCUGAGACCCCGAGGUGCUGCUAUGGGUAUUAAAAGGGUUCCAGAGUCACUGCCCUGACACCUGUGAGUGACUCCCACUGUGGAAACCAGAGGAAGGAGUGGGACCCAGCUACCAGGCCCUUGCCCUUGCCCCGAGAAUCCCAGAGCCCUUUCCUGCCCUGGGCUGGGUGUGGGGGGGAGGCAGGGCUCUGGGCAUCUCUCACUGUGUGUUGCAGGCUGUUGAUGGAGAAGGGGGCGGAUGACAGCCGGGACUGUGGUGAUCACCGGGGGCAUUUUGGCAACUGUGAUUCUGCUCUGCAUCAUUGCGGUUCUGUGCUACUGCCGACUCCAGUAUUAUUGCUGCAAGAGAGAGGAGCCCGAGGACGACGAGGAGGAGCCAGAUUUUGCAGUGCCCCCGCACCUGCCCCCACUUCACUCCAACCGCAGCUUGGCGCUAACCAACGGGCCAUUGCGCCCCACCACUGCCGCCUUGCCCUUUGGCGCCAAGACCCCGCCAGCACGCGCGCUCUGCCGAAGCUGCUCUUACUACGAGCCGCCCAGCUUCUACCUACAGGAGCCAGAGGACGAUCUGCUCAACGGCGGGGGCCGUGUGGCCUACCGGAGCCUCAGCCAGGAGGACGUGGGGCCACCCACCGGGGCCCUGGGGGGGCUGCAGGCACUGGAUCCCAACCGCCUGACAGCCAUGCGUGAAGCCUUUUCCCGGAGCCGUAGCGUCAGCACUGACGUCUGAGACCAGAGUGGGGUCCCCAGAGCUCUGCCCAAGGGUUCCAUUAGACUGUCUGGUCCCCUCGUGCCUGCCUCCAGAGCAGCAUGCAGUGGCAUGGUCCGUGUUUCUGACCAGGGAGCCUCUCUUCAAGAGUGGGGAGCACCUUACUGCUCGUGUCCACCUCUCCAGCAUCUGCUGCUGCCUCCCAGAAGCUCCCCAUACCCUGCCCCCCAAAAAGAGCAGCUUCAGGCUCAGCAGCAGAUGAGCAGAACCCCUGGAAUUCUAGUCAAAGUGGGGGCACAGGAAGGAAAGAGUGGAGAGUGUGGGCAUGUCUGUACUUCCCUGUGCCACAGCCCUGAUAUAUUGGGCAGAGGGGUGCUCCUGGAACCCUCCAAGAUCCAGGCCCUCCCCUGCCCCAUCCCCUACCAUGGAGCCACAGACCUCUCCCUUCUCAGCAGCUUCUGAGAUGGGGCCAGGCCUACCCAACCCUACACCCCACACUGACCCAACCGAGCCCCUCUCUCUGUGCCCCCCUGAGGGGCGAGGGUCUUUUGGGACACCCUGGCAGCUCCCCCCUUGGCUGGGCCAGCAAGGUCCAAGGGCAUCCCCUGCCACUCCCAAACCCACAGCCAAGCCUCUACCAACCAAGCAGGAUCCGACCCAGCAGCCUGACCCCAGCACCUAUACAUCUUGGGGACCCCUUUCAGGAUGCCUGCCAGACCCCCAGCUAGACAGCCCUCCUGAAACCAUAGUGUCCAGGCGGAUGGCCUCUCCAGGUCCCAGCCCCAGCCUGGAUACCCCUAAGCUACUGCUCCUGCUACCCCCCUGUACCCCCUUCCUCUGUGGCCUGUGAGUCUGUUCCUAAAGUGUGGGUGGUGGGUGGGAGUGGGGUGAGGCCCAGAAGAGGGGAGGUCUGUCUGUGGCUCCUGCUUCAGCCUGGCCUGGAACCUGGGCACCCUGAGAACCUUAUGGGAGGUGCCGGCCACCUGCGAAGUCACUGUGAGCACAGACACCCCAAUAAAGCUCUUCUCUUGCA